AUGACGCCCGAAUUAGCACCAAAGAAGCAUAAUAAUUACCUUUCUUUACUUCUCAUUGGUUCCUACCUCACAUCCGUUGCUGCUGGAGGUGGUAUAUGUUGGGCAACGAAAAGUUGGUGGCAGUCACAACUCUACACAUCUCUACCUCUGGUUCUACCGUUAUGCCUGAUAUAUUUCUUUCUACCCGAAUCAUUUCGAUGGCUUGCCACGCAUAAAAAGUAUAAACUACUAAAUCAAUAUCUGACAAAAGCUGCAAAGAUGAAUAAAGUGACUUUACCUUCACUAUCAGUUAUCCACAGUGGCGAAACUAUCAAAGGUGUGAAACCGAUAAACAGAAAACGAAUAUCAACAAAAAAGUUGUUUUCAUACAAACAGAUUCGAAGAAGAUUACUGUCUAUAUUUUUUGCAUGGACGUCAGCAGCGUUUGGAUAUUACACACUAUUGCUGUCUAUGAGAUCCGUCUCUCCAGAUCCGUACUUAGCUGUCACGAUCGGAGCUUGUUUCGAUAUUGUUCCAGUUGUGAUAGCUGGCUUUAUCUUGAAUAGGUAG